GAUUGACGGUUAUUUUCGUCUGUUUUGGAUCGUUUGACCAAAACUCCCAUUACAAUGACAAAAUUCACUUUACCCCAAUAAACGAUCAGAAUUCUGCCACGUGGGUAUAUAUCUCUUCCUCCAAUAAUAUUCCUCCAUCUCAUAGGGUGCUCCGUACUGGAACUCUCCUCUUCAUCCACCUUCCUGGUUCCCUCCGAAGGCUCUGCUUGCUGCUCCAUGGAAUCUUCGCUACGCGACUGAAUUUGAAGUCAAAAUUUUAUUUACCUCUUCUUCUUCUCAAUCACUGUUUCGUUUCUCUAAUCUUUCGGUCUGUAGCUCCGUUCUCGAUCCAGGAUUCCGGCCUCCUCCGGUGCCUCUCUCCGCCGCCGUUCCUCCGGUGAGAAGCAGCCCGGGAAAUGAUUUGACCUCAUGUCCGUGUGGUCCCAGUAGCUUCUACUUCGACUCGUGUGGGUUCUGUCAGAAAACACCAACGCUAUGCAGCAAUCUGAGUACGAUGUCAAUGCUCUCUACCAGGAAGCUCAGACCCGCUGGUUGAAACCGGCGGAGGUCCUCUUCAUUCUGCAGAAUCAUGAACGAUAUCAGCUAACACCAAAGGCUCCUCUAAAACCAACCAGUGGAUCUUUGUUCCUUUUCAACAAAAGGGUUCUCAAGUUUUUCCGUAAAGAUGGUCAUCAAUGGCGGAGAAAGAAGGAUGGGAGAGCUAUUGCAGAAGCACAUGAACGACUCAAGGUGGGAAAUGCUGAGGCUUUGAAUUGUUAUUACGCACAUGGAGAGCAAAACCCCAAUUUUCAAAGGCGUAGCUAUUGGAUGCUUGAUCCGGCUUAUGAGCAUAUUGUUCUUGUGCAUUAUAGAGACGUGAGCGAGGGAAAGGAGGGAAAACAAGGCAGUGGACAUAUUUUGCACUUCUCGCCGGAUUCUUCCUCUUUUUUCUCAAGUCCAAGCUCCAUCGCCACUCAGAACACUAGCCAUAACCAUUACAUAAGUGACUCGACUGAAUUUCUUCAGCAGUAUUCAUCCAGUUCACGCUCUGCAGAGGAGAGCUCGGAAACCGUGUUGAAGGGUAAUGGAGUUGAGACCCCGGCAGACAGUACAAGCUCUUCCGACUUUGAAGUUAAGCAGGCUUUGAGAAGGCUCGAGGAACAACUGAGUCUGGGAGAUGAUAAUGCUAACUGUAUAGAUCCACUCGUCUGUCAUAAUGAAAACGUAGGAUUCCCCGAGUGUAGGAGGGAGAUCCCUGACUCUGCUCAGACAACAACUGCGCCUUACAGACUUGAGAGUAACAAACUAGAGAGAUGUUAUGGGGGUUAUGUUGGAAACCAUGACCAUUCUAACAACCUCAUGCUCGUUAAGAACGAUUCGGGUAGUAUAGAAGAAUGUGGAGAUGAAGCAUCUGAAUCUUGGAAGGAUAUGCUGGAGACAUGUGAGGCUUCUCUAGUUCUUGACACUGAGGAAAUUACACGUUCUUCAAAAGGAUUGCUGCCUGAAGUAGAAGAUGAUUCCAACUGGGAUUAUAGCACUCAGAUCGAGCAGUCUUCUUACUUGUUACCUCAAGAACAUGCAUCUUUCAAUGUACGUGCAUAUUCUUCUGUACUGGAAGCCCAUCAUGAAAAUGAUGCUAAAUACUAUGGAACGAUGAGCGACCAAGGGCGAGCACGGAUACCCCUUGAACAGGAAGUGAGUCUGACAGUUGCACAUGCGCAAAAGUUUACAAUCCAGGAAAUAUCACCGAACUGGGGCUGUGCCAAUGAAACUACAAAGGUCAUAAUUGUUGGAUCAUUUCUCUGUGAUCCGACAGAAUCGACUUGGAGAUGCAUGUUCGGGAGUACCGAGGUUCCUCUUAAGAUCAUUAAGGAAGGUGUUCUUCAGUGUGAAGCCCCUCCCUUUCCACCGGGCAAAGUCACUUUGUGCAUUACCUCUGGGAACCGGGUUUCUUGUAGUCAAAUAAGGGAGUUUGAGUAUCGCGAUAAUACCAUCCAAUAUUGCACCAGAUGCAAUAUGCCACAAACAUCUACAAAUCCGGAUGAGCUGUUAUUACUUGUAAGGUUUGUACAAAUGCUUCUGUCAGAUCAGAAAUCGGACAGAAAAGAUAAUCUAGAGUCAGGCAUUGAUAAUUUGUCGAGGAAACUGGAAGCUGAUGAUGAUGAUGAUAAAUGGAGCCAUGUCAUAGAAGCCAUCCUAGACGGCAACGGGACAUCACCGAGCACAGUUGAUUGGCUUCUACAGGAACUGCUUAGAGACAAGCUGCAUUCAUGGCUAUCUUCCAGAUCACUAGGAGAAGGUACAGGAUCUUCCUCCCUGUCCAAGAAAGAACAAGGUAUUAUCCAUAUGGUUGCAGGGCUGGGCUUCGAAUGGGCACUGAACCCGAUUCUCAGACAUGGAGUCAGCGUCGAUUUCCGAGAUAUUAAUGGCUGGAGUGCUCUUCAUUGGGCUGCACGCUUUGGGCGGGAAAAAUUGGUGGCUGCCUUAAUAGCUUUGGGGGCAUCUGCAGGAGCAGUGACAGAUCCAUGUUCACAAGACCCGAUUGGAAAAACUGCAGCUUCGAUUGCUGCUUCUAGUGGUCACAAAGGUCUUGCAGGUUAUCUAUCAGAGGUGGCUCUAACAAACCAUCUCUCCUCUCUCUCACUCGAAGAAACCGAGAUUUCCAAAGACUCUGCUCAAGUGCAAGCAGAAAUAACUGUGAGUUCCAUCUCGAAACCGAGUCUUCUUCCAGGCACCGAGGAUCAGCUUUCACUAAAAGACACGCUGGAAGCUGUCAGAAAUGCUGCUCAAGCAGCGGCGAGAAUACAAGCUGCAUUCCGUGCACAUUCAUUCAGAAAGAGACAACAAAGAGAAGAAGCUUGUCUACGGGAGUACGGGUUUCAUUCCGAAGAUCUCCAAGGGCUGUCAGCCGUGUCAAAGUUAGCCUUUGGAAAUGCACGGGACUACAAUUCCGCAGCUUUAUCUGUUCAGAAGAAAUAUCGUGGCUGGAAAGGGCGUAAAGAUUUUCUAGCACUUCGCCAGAAGGUUGUGAAGAUACAGGCACAUGUGAGAGGUUAUCAGGUGAGGAAGCAUUACAAGGUGAUAUGUUGGGCAGUGGGAAUUCUGGAUAAGGUCGUACUCAGGUGGAGAAGAAAAGGCGUCGGGCUACGAGGGUUCAGACAAGACGCAGAAACUCCGGACAAAGAGGAGGAGGGUGAAGAUGAAGAAGACAUUCUAAAGGUGUUUCGAAAGACGAAAGUCGAUGGAACUGUGAACGAGGCUUUCUCUCGCGUCCUGUCGAUGGUCAAUUCUCCCGACGCUCAGCAGCAAUAUCGCCGCAUGCUGGGAAGAUUCUAUCAAGCCAAGGCGGAGCUUGGAACAAGCGAGACAGAAGCAUCAGCGUCAGCAUCAGACACAGUGUUGGAUAUGGCUGAAAUGGACAAAGACGACUUGUCCUUGUUACAUUGAGUGGUAUAGUCUCUUAGAUUAGUUUAGUAUGUAAAUUAAUUGGUAGUAGUUUCAGAUAUAAAUAUGAUUCCUACUAAAAGCCCUUAGAUUUUGUAUACUCUGUAAAUGUUCUUAGUCUGACACCGUGAGACUAAAUUAAACUAAAUGGUUUCAAUUCAGUUCGAAUUCAGGUUUGGUUUGUCGCCUA